AAAGUCAGCUGUCGAAUCUAAUCACAUCAUUUUUUUGAAUUUUUUGAUUGAAUCAAAUCUGAUUUUUAAAAAUGUUUCGUUCAUUUUUUCAAACACAAUUACGUUCAAUUCAUACGAGUCGAUCAUUAUGGAAAGCUGAAGAUAAAAGAUUAAUGCUAAAAUCAAUGCCAAAAAAAGAUGAAGGUUCACAUGGUGAGCGAUCCGUUGAAGUUGAAGCAACUGGAUUUAAUCGAAUCUGUGAAUUUCCAACCGUUGAUACUUCUGAACGUUUAUUCGAUAAUAUCCCAUAUAAAUUAUUACCCAUUAUACAGAUAAAAUCAUCCAAAAAUAAUACCCUGUUUCAGUUGACUACACAUGAUGGUCAACCAAUUACAGGUCGUGCUUGUGGUAGUGAAGGUUUUAAAAAUUGUCGUAAAGGUACAAAUAUUGCUGCACAAAUAACGGCAACAUCAUUUGGUAAAAUUAUAUUAAAAUUAGGUUAUAAAACAUGUCGUGUUUGUAUUAAUGGUUUAGGUCCUGGUCGUAUGUCAUCAUUUAAAGGUUUACAAUUAGCCGGUGUGAAUAUUGUUUCCAUUACCGAUUCAACAUAUAUUGUUGAUUAUCCAAAAAAACGACCACCAGCAGCAAGAAGUUUAUAAAUCAAAAUUAAAAAAUUUGAAAAUUUAUUAUUAUUAUUUCAAUCUGAAGACAAUGUAAUUAUAUCAUUAUUAUUAUCGUUAAUAAAUGCUUUUUUAGUAA